CUUAUAGUCUAAAUUUAGUGGCUACACUGGUUUUGUGUGUGCGUGCAUCAGUGGGUAGCUAAAUUCCUCCACUGUUACAGACUCAGCUCCUCUACUCUAGGAAGCCUUCCAAAACCCUCUGCAUCUCUGUUACCACUGUUCCUUAAAAUCCCACAUCCCUAACUGCAAAUGCUUAACCUUCAUUCAGCAAACAUUCUUUGGGCGCCUGCUGACAACCUGGCUGGACUGAGUGCCAGAGUCGGGAGCAGGCGCUGAGCUCUCCUCCAGGUGCAUAAGCAGGAUCGCCCAGCCUCACCCAUUUCGGAGCCAGCGCGCGCAAACACACGCAAUCACACACGCACAAACACACAGAGCUCUGCGCGGCUUUUCUGAGGGUUACGGCGCCCUCCUCCCGCCCCCGCACUGAGCGGGCGGGGACCCACUGGUUCCGUACUAGCGGCCGAGGAAGGAGGACCCCCAGGAGCGGGAUCCCGGCUCCGGUCGCCCAUCCCUGUGCAGCCUUAGACCCGCAUGGAGGGGACUGCGGAGUCCCAGACGCCUGACCUUCGAGACGUGGAGGGCAAGGUGGGCAGGAAGACCCCCGAAGGGCUGCUGCGCGGGCUGCGAGGCGAGUGGGAGCCGGGCACCUCUGGCGCCCUGCUGCUCCCAGGGGCGCCCAGCACCGGCCACGGCCUGGGGGACAAGAUCAUGGCGCUGAGGACGGAGCUGGCUUACCUGCGAGCCAUUGACGUGAAGAUCCUGCAGCAGCUGGUGACCUUGAACGAGGGCAUCGAGGCGGUGCGCUGGCUGUUGGAGGAGCGGGGGACAUUGACCAGCCACUGCAGCAGCCUCACCAGCAGCCAAUAUAGCCUGACGGGCGGGAGCCCAGGCCGCUCAAGGCGAGGCAGCUGGGACAGCCUGCCAGACGCCAGCUCCACUGACCGGCUGGACAGUGUCUCCAUCGGCAGUUUCCUGGACACGGUGGCCCCCAGCGAGCUGGAUGAACAGGGCCCCCCCGGGGCUCCCCGUCCCGAGAUGGACUGGGCAAAGGUUAUACCCACUGGGGAGAGGGCCAGGACUGAGCUGGACCUGACAGCUGCCAGGCUAGGGAGUUUGAGGGCUCUGUGGAAGCCCCCAGGGGAGGGGCUCCAAGGUGGACCUCCCGAGCCGCCAGAGGAUGAGAGUGCCAAGCUGGGCUUUGAGGCCCACUGGUACUGGGGCCAGUGCCAGGACGAUGUGACCUUCCUGUAACAACUCUUCCACCCUUUAGUAUUCCUAUGGCUCUUUCAUCGCCAGGCCCUGGUCUCCCUCGAAUCUAUUCUCCCUCAAUCUGGAGUUAGGAAGAGAUUGCAUUGAAAUCAGUUACCAUGGAAACCUGGCCUCAGCAUCCCUCUGUCCCUGGGGAGGCUCUUCCUAUGCUUCAAUUAUUGGGUCCCUAGAGCUAUUUCCAUAGAUACAUUAACCCCAGAGGCUUGACCUGUGGCUCCAAGUGUGAUGGUAUCUCUUCCUCUUUCCUUCCAACUAGGUAAGGAUUUGAGGGUUUAGCAUCCCUGGGAAAUCACUGACGAAGAGAUGGGGUUAUAAUUACCUCGCCCAGGAGUUCCCGCCGUGGCUCAGCGGAAAUGAAUCUGACUAGUAACCAUGAGGAUGCAGGUUCGAUCCCUGGCCUUGCUCAGUAGGUUAAGGAUCUGGCGUUGGGCGAGCUGUGGUGUAGGCCACGGACCCAGCUCGGAUGUGGCGUUGCUGUGGCUGUGGUGUAGGCCAGCAGCUGCAGCUGCAAUUCGACCCCUAGCCUGGGAGCUUCCUUAUACCGUGGGUGCAGCAACCAAAAAAUUACCACACCCAACGUCUAGGAGCUUUGGCCCCGCUCUUGGCCAAGAUGGAGGAUGGGGGAGGGACAUGGACAUUCAGGGCUAACCCUCCAUGGACGGCCGUCCCAAAGGCUGUGGGGUUGGUGGACCCACCGCUUCCUGUCUGAGUGACAUCACUUCCUGCCACGAUGGGUUAGCCUUUCCUCUGAGCCCGUCUCUUAGUGGUGAUAGGUCAGCAUGGGGCGGGUCUGAGACCCUGCUUCUAAGUGAGACCAUAUCAUUUAUUCUCCCUCUCACUACUUCUGGGAGGGGGAACAUCCCACCCUCCUGGCAGGAAAGUUUCUCAGUCACUUGUCUGUCCUUUUUCCCAGAAGUGUUUUUACUGUUUAAGUGGGAUUUCUCAUUUUAUCCUAGGGGUUCUCACUCCCUCUCUGGUCAUGUGCCUCUCUGGUGCCAGCAUUCGUGCUUUUAGGGAGGAAACUGGCAGGGGCCUUCAUCUACAGCUCCCAAGUCUGGCCUGCCCCGCCCCAGGCCCCUGUCUUACCCUGCCCCAGCGUGGUCCCCGUUCUUUUAUUCUGACUCCGAAUCUGGCUGCUGGAGGUUCGGCCUUUGUGUCACCACACCGUCUCCAUUUCCACUUCAGGCCUCAGGCUUUUUAUAUGUAGAUGAGUCCCUCAGCCUUUGCUCCCUGUUGCUGUUGGGAACCUGAGGGAGGAGCGGCGUGGGGUGUACCAGAAUCUCUGAAAGGGGGAGGUAUCUUCUCAGAUCCACUGAUUCCCCUGCCCCCAUCCUGCCCCAGACCUUCCACCAGUUGGUCACUAGGAUGCCUGCUCAAGCUGGGCCACGGACACAAGGAAUCCCCUUGUCUGGGUUACAAUGGGGGGCGUGGCAGAGAAAGACAGAGGCUCUUUGGUCCCAGGACCCACCUCCCGGGAGGGGGGAAAGCCUGAAGGAAGGGCUGCUUCCCUUCCUCCCUUAGAGCAAGCUCUAGACUCCUGGGACCUGGGAGGGAGCAGGGCACUGGCUCUGGGCCUGGGUCCUAGGGCCUGAGUGAAUUAUACCAAGAAAGGAAUUCAGGGAAGCUGCCAACCUGGGGCUCAAGGAGGUGACAGGUCCAGAGUGAGGGGAGGGACAAGGCCUGGGGCUGACGUCAGAGUAUGAAUGCUUGGAGGUUAACCCUUUGAACCCCAGGUAACUGGUCUCUCUUUCCUGGGCCCUGCAACUAGGUGAUUGGAAGGCAGGAAUGAGAAAAAAGGAUGUCAGGUGAUCCUUGCCUAUUCGCUGUGCCCUCCUGAGUUGGAGGAGUCUUCCUCAAAUCCCAGAAUAGCUCCUACACUUUCUCUGUUUUUAAUUCUGUGCUGCAGAAGGGGCAGAAGCCAAGCUGGUCCUCUCCUGUUCCCCUGAACACUGAAGUCAAGUCUUGUUCUGUAACCUCCCACUCCAGUCCUCUGGGGGCAACACACUCAGCUGGCGGCUCUCCCCUAAAGACCUUCUCUCCUCCCGUCCUCUCCAAGUGACUGAAAUCCCUGAGGAAUGCUUUUAGUCUCUUUUCCUCUGCUGCCCGCCAGCCCUCUCCUUACCACCCGUACGGGUGUUGGAGCUCCUGACUUCCCCAUAGGCUGGGAAUUCAAAUACCUUCUCCCAUUCUUGACUCUGUUGCCAGUUUGUAGUGCCCUGGGUAACUAUCUUUUUAUUGGAACCCUUGUAUUCCUUUUGGCAGCUUCCUUGUUGAUUUUAUGGACUAACUUCUGAGCUGAAGGGAUCGUCCGCCCCCUUGUGGCUAGUAUGUAGCAUUGCUGGGGUAGCUGGGUGAAACCUUCAGGCUCAGAGAUAUUCCUUAAAGACCAGACCCCUCACUGCACAGACAGGCUGAGAAGGCAGCAACUUGCCCAGAGUCACCCACGGUAAAUCCGUGACAACACUCGGGUGACAGUGUUGAUCUGUCAAUGUCACCCAAGCCUAAAGGAUCUGAACGCAUUCUUCCUCCUGCUGUAAUGCUUAGGUUUUUAUCCCGCCCUAAAGAGGCAGCUAGGUGUUUAGAGAAAGCUGUGGCUCCGAGGAAAGAGAAGCUUGGACCAGGACUGGGUAAAGGGUGCAUUCGUCUGGACUGCAGAUAUAAGGAAAAUCCAUCCUGAACCGGCUGUUUUUCUGGGAAGGCAGGGAAAAUAGGCCCACAGGGGCAGAACUCCAGCGCUGCAGAUUUGGGCCUUAGAGGUGGGGACGUGGGUGGGAGAUGAGAGAGGACGAAAUCCAGAUAGGUCCCGUGGAGUUGGGGAGCUCUGAGGCCAAGGGUUUACAGCUCUGUUGGAUGGGCAUCUGGAGGUCGAGGCACUGGAGAGGAGGGUGAGUGGGGCUGCCUGGGAACUCCAGGUAGGUCUGGGCAUCCUGUCUCAAUACCUUAGACUCCAUUUCGCCACCAGGAAAGCCCAGGGUCCCCAGUAGACACACAUCCUUGGUCCCUCCUCCCUGCCUCUGGACUGACUGCUUAAGGCUUAGCUCUUGGGUUAGUUAAGACCUUUCUGGGUUAUAAAGGGGACCUGUUUUGGGAGCUCAGAGAAAGAGAAGGGAUGAAAAGGGAGAGACGCAGAAAAACAGGGGCGAAUGAGAUGAAAAUGGAAUCUUGAAAAUAUGGAAGUUCCUGUUGUGGCUCAGUGGAAACGAACCCGACAAAUAUACAUAAGGAUGCGGGUUCGAUCCCUGUCCUCACUCAGUGGGUUGAGGAUCCAGGUUGCUGUGAGCUGUGGUGGAGGUCACAGACACAGUUCAGAUUCUGUGUGGCUGUAGCUGUGGCUGUGGCUUAGGCUGGCAGCUGUAGCUCCAAUUCGAUCCCUAGCCUGGGAGCAUCCAUAAGCCACAGGUGUGGCCCUAAAAAAAGGAAAAUAUGAUCAGAGGGAGCAUACUGGGGACUUUCGUCAGGGCUCAGGGUAAAGGCAGAGAUGAGACCAUUCUUGGCACCUGCAGAACAGCACCUGGGAGGGAAAGGGGUGGGCCUAGUUGGGAGGAGUCCUCCAAGGAGACAUGAGACCAAGUGAAUGGGCAAGUGUAAGAGCCUGCCUUCAGGAUGGGGCAGUAAAGGUGAGCACUGGCCUGACUGGAAGCCCAGUGGCAGCUUAGGUGAGAAAUGCUUGGAGCCUGCAGUGGACACGGGCUCACUGUGCGUGGUACCAGGCACGUACUGGGUGUUCAGUGACACCUGUUUCAUGAAUGGAGGAAUGAAUGUAUGUAAACCCACAAGGAGAUGUGACUUAUAAUUUAAAAAGUGGUUAAUUAGGUAGUAAUAGGUAAUUUGAAAUAUUCUAUUUAAUUCCUAGCAAUGCUUUUUUUUUUUUUCUGCUUUUUAGGGCCGCACCCGCAGCACAUGGAGGUUCCCAGGCGAGGGGUCAAAUCGGAGCAACAGCUGCCGGCCUACACCACAGCCACAGCAAUGCGGGAUCUGAGCCACGUCUGUGACCUACACCACAGCUCACGGCAACACCGGAUCCUUAACCCACUGAGUGAGGCCAGGGAUCGAACCUGCAUCCUCAUGGAUAUUAGUCAGGUUCAUUAACUGAAAGCCAUGAAGGGAACUCCAGCAAUGCAUUAUUAACAGAUAGGUAAUAAAUGAACUAUGGUAUGAACCUAGGUCAGUCUGACCACAGGGACUUCCAGGAAGCCUCCUCUGAGUCCCUACUCCCCUCUCUCUUAGAACUUAUUCUCCUAGAACAGGUUAUGCUUCCCAGCAGCAGGGCCAUUGUACAUAUUUCCUAUUGCUGCUGUGACAAAGUAACACAAAUUUUAUUUUUAUUUUUGUCUUUUUGUCGUUUCUUGGGCCGCUCCUGCGGCAUAUGGAGGUUCCCAGGCUAGGGGUUGAAUCGGAACUGUAGCCGCCAGCCUACCCCAGAGCCACAUCCGAGAUCCGAGCCACAUCUGCAACCUACACCACAGCUCACGGCAACACCGGAUCCUAAACCCACUGAGCAAGGCCAGGGAUCGAACCCGCAACCUCAUGGUUCCUAGUCGGAUUCGUUAACCACUGAGCCACGAUGGGAAUGCUGAAGUAACACAAGUUUAAUGGCUGAAAGCCACACAAAUGUAUGAUCUUGCAAUUCUGGAGGUCACACGUUCAAAAUCCGUUUCAUUGGGCUAAUUUAAGUUUGGAUGUGUUGGCAGGCCUCUUCUGGAGAGUCUAGGGGACAGUCAGUUCUUUGCCUUUUCUAGCUUCUAGAGGCUGCUUGCAUUCCUCGGCUCAUGGCCCCUUCCUCCAUCUUCAAGGCCGACAGCACAGUAUUUCUCCUCCUACCUCUGCUCCCAUCCUUACAUCUUUCUCUAAUCCUCCUGUCACCUCUUAUGAGAAUUGCAUUGUGAUUACAUAUCUUCGUGCUUACUGGCAUGAUCCAGGAUCGUCUCUCCAUCUCACGAUCCUUAAUUGAACAUAUCUUCCUAGUUCCUUUAUAUAAAGUAGGAUAUUCCCAGAUUCUGGGGAUGAGGACUUGGACAACUUCGGAGGAAGGGCCGUCACUCAGCCUUCCCCAAGCAGAGAUGGCGCGUGGGCAGGACGAUGCACUCAGGCCAAGAAUACGCCUCUAUGCUUUGUCCAGCCUCCUCCAGUCUGGAGUGAGCAGUGGUGCCAAGAGGGGAGAUACCAGGUCCCAGCCCCAUGUCUGGAGAAGCGCAAUGCCUCCUGCAUUGCCAUAACCAAAGAAGCUGAGAGCGAAGGUCAGAAUCGGGAGAAAUUCUCCGUUUAGGGAACUUUUCAGGCCUGAGACUCUCCUGGUGAACACGGCAGAGGGUUCCACCAGGCUCUGUCUUCAGCACUGCCUCCUCUCCGGAACCACUGUGUGUGCGUCAAGACAGAAGAUAAUUACCAGCUAACCAGCUUGGGCUCUCUCUAGAAAAGGGUAGAUUAGCUGUCUCUCUUUUAACCUGUAUUUUAUUCCUUCAUAGUUAAACCACGCACCUCAGGCACGGUGAACUCUCAUCGUCAGUUCAUACUAGGCCCCUUUUUUGUUUUAUUUUUGUCUUUUAAUCCCUGAUCCCUAUUCUCAUUCCCCUCCCUAACCCAAGCAUAAUGUGUUCAGUAGGUGUUUGGAUAUGUAUGUAUUUUUGAAAAUAUAAAGAACUACGUGCGUCUGUGUUUUAAUAUAUAAAUGGUAUAGUUUUACAGUAACUUCUAUAAUCAACUGCCCCAUAUUAGAGUCACAAGAAAGAUUUAUUUUUUACAUACGCAGGAGCACAGGUUCCUGGUUGGAUGACUCGCCCCCACUGCCCAUUUCAGGCCCCAGGCUUCUCCCAUUUUCAGGUGGGGAAAGCCUGAUCCUGCGUCACAUAGUCUCCUGUCAGCUGUUCUCCAGAUUGUUUUUAUCAUCCGUUAAUGACCAUUUUAUGAAUUGGUGAUUUCACUAGUGAUUACAAAAUUACGAUUUUCUAAUGUUAUUGUUUUUUUAUUCUAAUUUUGUACAGAAAAACUUUUUUCACAUUCUCCGGGACCAUUCGGUUACCCUGAAUAAUGUUCAUACCAGAAUGGCAAGAUGAAUUCUUCAAUCUCUUCCUUUAUUUAUUCCUUUCAAAGUAGUAAGUUGAUGUCCUCGUAACUUGGUGUUCAAUGAUUUUUAUUUUGCUCUCUUUAAAUUAUUGCUGUGAACUUAACGGUUUUUAUAUAUUUAACAUCCUUUAAUCAUUUGUAGUUUUUUUUGGUUAUAUAUUAUAUAAAAUCUCAAGCGUAAACAAAAAUAGAGAAAAUAGUACAAUGAAUUUCCAUGCACCCACCAUCCAGCUUUGAUCAUUAUUACCUCUGGCCAAUCUUGGUUUAUUUAUUCUCUCAACUACUCUCCCCCAACCGAGAUUAUUUUGAAGCAAAACAAGAUAGGAUUUCAAUUCAUCUGUAAAUGUUUCAGUAUGUAUCUCUAAAAGAUAUUUAUUACCAUUAUUGCACCUAAAACUUAAUAAUUCCUCAAUACAACAAAAUACAGUUGUUCAAUUUUCUGAUAAACUUUUUUUAAGUUUGGUAUCAAGGUUAUACUGGCCUCUUAAAAGCAGUUAGGAAGUGUUGCCUCCUCCUUUGUUUUCUGAAAGCAUUUGUGUAAAAUUGGUAUUAUUAUUCAGUAUUUGCUAGAAUUCAUCAGUGAAAUAAUCUGCGCCUGGAGUUUUCUUUAUGGAGGAGGUUUUGACAUAUAGAGCUAUUCCAGCUUUUAAUUUCAUUUUUGGUUAGUUUUGGUAAGUUGUGUUUUUCAAGGAAUUUGUCUCAACUAAGUUGUUGAAUUUAUUGGCAUCAAGUUGUUCAUAACACUGCCUUGUUAUUCUUUUAAAAACUAUUCAUUGUAAAAUAAAGCACAAGUGUGGAAAACACACAAAACAAA